AUGAUCCUAGAGGCCUUGCUCCCAAGCAAUUCAGCAAUCAUUUUUGCGAAAUUGACAAACAUCUACUCCAGAGUUGGAGGGGCAUACCUUUUGAAGGCUGAAAGGAAGGAACACAAAUUCUCCUCACGGGACAUGGCUGUGUUCCCAAUAUAUGCCACGGUUCCCUCCAAAAACGACAAGUCUCCUCAACGUCUUAUUUCAGGUAUUAUGAUCAGGGAACCACACCAUGCCAGGAAUCCAACAGACGAUGUUAAUGUGUUAACUAUUGAACUUCUGACUAGAGACAGCCCCACAUGGACGUUUUGUCAUAAUAUCAACAGAGCCAUAAUAGCGCAAUGCAGCAAUUUUAUUUUAGUUGCAAGUCAAAAUUCAAUGAAGAAAAUUGAUCCAAUUCAUCUGACUUUCAAUUAG